UAUGUUUUUGAUGAAAACACAAGAAAAGGAGGGAACAACUGAAAUUGUUUGUAAUUUGCUUAUUUUUUAGUAAAAAAGCAGACAAAACCCAACAAUGGGUGGCGGAGAUUUAAACUUGAAGAAAUCAUGGCAUCCGCACACGAUGAAAAACCAGGAGCGCGUUUGGAAGGCGGAGGAGCAGGCGAAGAUGGAGGAGCGCAAGCUGCAGGAUCUCCGCAAGGAGAUCAACGAGGAGCGGGACAGGGAGGAGCUGCGAAGGUUGGGCGAAAGUUCCGGAGUGCUGGCCAAUAAUAGUGGCGCCGCCGGGGAGGCAAAGCUGGAAUGGAUGUAUAAAAACAGCACAGAGCUGAUCAACCGCGAGGAGUACCUCCUGGGCCGCAAGAUCGACAAGUCCUUUGAGACGCUGCAAGCCGAGGAGCACCGGCAGGAGCAGCAGAGCACAGUGGGCCUCAAACAGUCCAUCAAUCAUGUCGAGCACGACUGUGUGCCCUUCUCCAUCCGUACAUAUCGCAAUCUGCAGUCCACCGAACAGGUGGACAUGCAACGAAAGACACUCGAGGAUCCCCUGAUGCUCAUCAAGCAACGUGAAAUGGAAUCCCGCCGCAAACUACUCGAGAACCCCGUCAAACUGAAGGAAAUCCAUCGCAUCCUCAAGACCGAACAGGAUCUAAAGGCCUCCAAGGAGCAGAAGAAGGCCAAGAAGAGCAAAAAGUCCAAGAAGUCCAAAAAGAAGAAACGAAACAAGCGCUCCAGCGAUGAGGAAAGUGCCAGUGGCAGUGAAAGCAACGAUAGCGACGAUGAUUUGGACAGAAAACUGGCCCGUCAGGUCAGCAAACUGAAGGGAGACCACGGCAAUGGUGAGCUCAAGUUGGACAAACUACUGGACGCCAAGUAUCGCACCAUAUCCAAGCAAUUGGACAUGGCCACCAAGAAAGAGAGCAAGAAAUCUAAGAGGAAGAGUAGUGACAGCAGUGAACAGAGCAGUGAUGAGGAGGAAAAGCCUAGGAGACAAAGAUCCAGGGAGCUCGAGUCGAGGAGACGGAAUAAGAGAAGCAGGAGUCCAGAGGAAAGAGGACAGCGGGAGAGGCGCAGGAGCAGAAGCCCCCAGGAUAGGAAAGAUAGUUCCCGGAAAAAGCGACAGAGCAGGAGUCCAGAGCAGAGAAAUAGACGCAGAAGUCCAGAGGUUAGAAAAGAAAGACGAAGGAGCCGGAGUCCUGAAGAGAGAAAGGAAAGACGAAGGAGCAGGUGUCCAGAGGUCAGAAAGGAAAGACGAAGGAGCAGAAGUCCAGAGGUUAGAAAAGAAAGACGAAGGAGCAGGAGUCCAGAGGAGAAAAAUGAUAAACGCAGACGUCCAGAAGAAAGCUCCAAAAAGAAGGAGAGACUCAGAAGUAGAAGCCCCGAGGAGCCAUCCAGAUCCAAACGCAGCCGAAGCCGGAGUUCCAAAAGAGAAACCCACCGAAAGAGCCCAGAAAAGCCACCGCAACGAAAGGAAAGGGAGCGUAGUCCGGCUCCCAAUCGUCCCACCGGCAAAUCCAAGCUAAGCGAAGCAGAUCGAGAAGCUCGUCUGCGUGAGAUGAUGGACAAUGCCACAUGGAGGGAGGCGGAUCGCAGCCAGGUGGUGCGCAAACAUCGCGAAGCGUACGCUCGCGAGGAAGCCCAGAACCGCGAACGUGACUUCGACAAGGAGUUCAUCAACAAGGAGGUGAAGAAGGCCAUUGCCAACCACAACUCCAUUGGCGAUCGCAUCAGAGCCAAUCUGAACAACAUCCAGCGCACUUCCUCCUCCAUGGACAGCAACUUUGCACGCAAAUAAACUAGAGAAUUCCUUUAUUUCGUAUGCAUUAUAUGGUUCCGCAACAAAUAGAUUCAACUUUGUGCUUACAAGAUAAACGAUGCGAUUAACAUAAA